AUGAAAAUGGAGUGGAAACCAGAACAAGAAGGACUAAGACAAAUACUAACACUUCUUAAAGAGUCUCAAUCACCAGAUACAGCAACGCAGAGGGCUGUACAACAAAAAUUGGAAGAAUUGAACAAGUAUCCAGACUUCAACAACUAUUUGAUUUUUGUCUUGACUAAACUUGUAAGUGAAGAAGAACCUACAAGAUCUUUAAGUGGUUUGAUUUUGAAAAAUAAUGUCAAAGCACAUUACAACAGCUUUCUGCCUGAAGUUGCGGAAUUCAUAAAACGAGAAUGCUUAUCAGCAGUCGGGGAUCCCUCUCCCUUGAUUCGCGCUACUGUGGGUAUCAUUAUCACCACUAUAGCUAGCAAGGGAGAGCUAACAUCAUGGCCUGAACUGUUGCCAGCCUUGUGUCAAAUGCUUGAUUCACAAGACUACAAUGUUUGUGAGGGUGCGUUCGGGGCUCUACAGAAGAUAUGUGAAGACACAGCUGAAGUUCUGGACAGUGAUGCACUGAACAGGCCACUGAAUGUGUUGAUUCCAAAAUUCCUACAGUUUUUCCGGCACUCAUCGCCUAAAAUCAGGUGUCAUGCUAUUGCUUGUGUCAACUAUUUCAUCACAAACCGAACACAAGCUCUCAUGUUGCACAUUGAUGCUUUUAUUGAGAACUUGUUCCACUUGGCAGCUGAUGAAGAUUCUGAUGUCAGGAAAAAUGUUUGUCAUGCUUUGGUCUUGCUCCUGGAGGUGCGAUUGGACAGGCUCAUCCCUCACUUACCUAACAUUAUUGAGUACAUGCUGGUGAGAACCCAAGAUCCCGAGGAGGGUGUUGCUUUAGAAGCCUGCGAGUUCUGGCUCACACUUGCAGAACAAAAUGUUUGCCGUGAGGUCUUGGGCCCCAGACUACCAGCUCUGCUUCCUAUCUUGGUGCAUGGUAUGCGGUAUUCGGAAAUGGACGUGAUCUUACUCCGAGGUGAUCGGGACGAUGAUGCAGAUGAUGCAGAGCCUGAUCGGGAAUCUGACAUACGACCACGAUUCCAUAAACCUCGAUCACACACAGUCAAACAUAAUGCUGGAGCUGGGGACAGUAAUAUGUCCGGAGGUGGCGAGUCAGAUGACGAAGACGACGGCGGAGCGGAUGCAGAUGACGGCUCGUUGUCAGACUGGAACUUACGUAAAUGCAGUGCGGCCGCGCUCGACGUGCUCGCCAACGUGUUCGGGGCAGACUUAUUACCAGUACUCUUCCCUAUACUUAAAGAGACGCUUUUCCAUGAAGAUUGGGUCAUAAAGGAAAGCGGUAUUUUAGCCCUGGGUGCUGUGGCUGAUGGCUGCAUGGGCGGUAUGGUACCCCACCUUCCUGAUUUGGUUCCAUAUCUGGUAUGCUGUCUGGCAGAGCGCAAGGCACUGGUGCGCGCCAUCACUUGCUGGACGCUUUCUCGUUACUCACACUGGAUCGUAUCUCAGUCGCAUGACCUGUACUUGAAGCCUGUGAUGACUGAGUUACUAAAGCGCGUGUUAGACAACAACAAGCGAGUACAAGAGGCGGCGUGUUCAGCUUUCGCUACCCUCGAGGAAGAAGCGUGCACAGAGCUUGUCCCUUACUUGGGCUUUAUUUUACAAACACUUGUGUAUGCUUUUAGUAAAUAUCAACACAAGAAUUUACUCAUAUUGUAUGACGCUAUUGGUACACUAGCUGACUCAGUUGGCCAUCACCUAAAUAAACCAGAAUAUAUUAAUAUGUUGAUGCCACCACUCAUCAAUAAGUGGAACUUUUUGAAGGAUGAAGAUAAGGAUCUCUUCCCACUUCUUGAGUGCCUAUCAUCUGUGGCUACAGCUCUUCAGUCAGGAUUCCUGCCUUACUGUGAACCAGUGUUCAGAAGAUGUGUUUCAUUAAUAGAACAAACACUAAAUCAAAAUAUUGCAAACACACAAAGUCCAGAACAGUUUGAAGCACCUGAUAAGGACUUUAUGAUUGUGGCGCUGGAUCUGUUGAGUGGCUUGGCAGAGGGGCUGGAUGGCCACAUAGACCACCUGGUGUUCAACUCCAACCUGAUGCAGUUGCUCUACCAAUGUAUGCAGGAUCCGAUGCCUGAGGUGCGUCAGUCGUCGUUCGCGCUGCUGGGUGACUUGACAAAAGCAUGUUUCCAACAUGUACUACCAUACAUACCCGAGUUUCUACCAAUACUCGGCAUGAACCUCAAUCCAGAACUCAUUUCUGUAUGCAAUAAUGCCACCUGGGCAAUUGGCGAAAUAAGUAUCAAAUUAGGGCCUGAAACAUCAAAGUAUAUCCCUCUAGUUUUGAACCAUUUAGUUGAAAUUAUCAACAGGCCUAACACACCCAAGACCCUACUUGAAAAUACAGCGAUUACUAUCGGUCGGCUAGGUUAUGUGUGCCCCCACGACGUCGCACCCGUUUUACAUCAAUUUGUACGCCAGUGGUGCACCUCGUUGCGAAAUAUUCGCGAUAACGACGAGAAGGACUCUGCGUUCCGUGGCAUCUGUCAGAUGAUCCAAGUGAACCCAGCCGGGGUCGUGCAAGACUUCAUGUUCUUCUGCGACGCUGUCGCCUCGUGGUCGCACCCCAAGGACGACUUAAAGGAAAUGUUCACCAAGAUCCUGCACGGGUUCAAAAACCAAGUUGGUGAGGAGAAUUGGCGCCAUUUCACCGACCAGUUUCCCGUGCAGCUCAGCGUGCGCCUGUCUGCCAUGUGCGGGAUAUAG